UACGACUAACGGAGUGGGUUGAGUUAAGUAAGUUAUCAAACACCGAGUCUCGGACAGAGGAACAACUCAAGUGAUGAUUAUAAAGCGGAUCAUCCACCCGACCCGGAAACCCAAACCCGGUUCAAUCGCUCUCUUCACCACCGUAUCUUCUCCGGCAUCUCCGCCACCAGAUCCUCUCAUUUCCGACGCCGUCUCAAUCCUAACUCACCACCGUUCCAAAUCCCGAUGGUCAACUCUCCGGUCUCUCCACCCUUACGGAUUCACACCUUCUCAGUUCUCCGAAAUCACCCUCCGCCUCCGCAACAACCCUCACCUCUCUCUCCGUUUCUUCCUCUUCACUCGCCGCUUCUCUCUCUGCUCACACGACGUCGGCUCUUGCUCGACACUAAUCCACAUCCUCGCUCGAUCUCGUCUCAAAAGCCACGCUAGUGAAGUCAUACGUCUUGCUCUCCGUUUAGCCGACGACGAAGACGAAGACGAAGACAGAGUCUUGAAACUGUUCCGUUCGUUGAUCAAGAGUUAUAAUCGAUGUGGGUCUGCUCCGUUUGUGUUUGAUCUGUUGGUAAAAUCGUGUCUUGAUUCGAAAGAGAUCGAUGGAGCUGUGAUGGUAAUGAGGAAACUAAGUUCUAGAGGAAUCAGUUUACAGAUUAGUACUUGUAAUGCUUUGGUUUCAGAGGUUUCUAGGCGUAGAGGUGCUUCUAAUGGUUACAAGAUGUAUAGAGAAGUGUUUGGUUUAGAUGAUGUUAUUAAGGUAGAUGAAGGUACUAAGAAGAGGUUAGGUAAGGUUAAGCCGAAUGCGAACACGUUUAAUUCGAUGAUGAUGAGUUUUUAUAGAGAAGGUGAGACUGAGAUGGUGGAGAGGAUUUGGAGAGAAAUGGAAGAUGAAGUUGGAUGUUCUCCCAAUGGUUAUAGUUACUGUGUUUUGAUGGAGGCGUAUUGUGCACGAGGUUUGAUGAGUGGAGCUGAGAAGAUAUGGGAAGAGAUGAAGGUGAAAGGAGUUGUUUUUGAUGUUGUGGCUUAUAACACUAUGAUUGGUGGGCUUUGUAGUAACUUAGAGGUUAAGAAAGCAAAUGAGCUUUUUCGAGAAAUGGGGUUGAAGGGGAUUGAGUGUACUUCUUUAACCUAUGAGCAUCUUGUUAACGGGUAUUGUAAAGUUGGGGAUGUUGAAUCGGCUUUGGUUGUUUAUAGGGAGAUGAAAAGGAAGAGUUUUGAGGCAGAGGGUUUAACUAUUGAGGCGUUAGUGGAUGGACUAUGUGGUAGGGAUAGAGACAGAGUUGUUGAAGCUGCGGAGAUGGUGAAGGAUGCGGUGAGAGAAUCUGAGUUUUAUCCUAGUCGAAAGUGUUAUGAGUUGUUGAUAAAGAGGUUGUGUGAAGAAGGAAUGAUGGAGAGAGCAUUGAACAUUCAGGCUGAGAUGGUGGGGAAAGGUUUUAAGCCGAGUCAAGAGACAUAUAGAGCCUUUAUCGACGGGUAUGGAAUAGCAGUUGAUGAAAAAACAUCUGCAUUGUUGGCUAUUGAAAUGGCUGAAUCACUCAAGCUAAGAGCAGAGGAAGAAAGCUAGAGUGAUUCAGCCAAAUCACAUAGAAACCAAUCGGUGACACAAUGUGGUAUGAGUUUUGUCUUGUGGUAGACAAUGUAAUACUAUAAUGUUUGGCAAGGGGAGAUUAAAUCCACAAUAACACCUCAUGACCAUAUCUUUUUUCUGAAGCAAUUCUUAUUCAAACCACAUUCAUUGAUAGUUACGACUUACGAGAGACAGAAUCAUACAAAGGAAUCACUCUUACAUGGAAGUUAAAAAAACUAAUGGAAAAGGAACAGGAGAGUUCUGAA